CUCACGAGAUGAGAGGUCUUUUCAAAUAAAUAAUACAUCUAUGUACGCGGUUCGCCGUUAUGGACCAAUAGGAAGUGACCCAAGAAUCCAGCAGCGAUGGAACGGAAGCGCGCACGCACGCACGCACGCACUCACGCUAUUCAGUGUAAACACUUCAGCAGAGUGAUGAUGGCACGCGACUGCUGAGCCGCCACGAGACCUCAAGUAGGCUGCACACUCCUGACAACGGGGUGACAGGCAGCGACCGGCUGGAAGAAGUAGACCUGCACUCAAGAGGGAUUUAAGAUGAUCUAUUCACAUGUUGCUCAGACGGCUGGCAGCUGAUAUGCUAAAGGGAUCAAAGAACCGUACAAGAGAAGGAUCAACAUUCUGGAACUACUUCCCCAAAUCCUAUACAUGGCUCAUUUGAGGGUGAUCAACUGAGGGUCAGUUGGUCUGGGCGAUGCAGGUGUCAUCAUGUUCCAGUCUGAUCCAUUGUCCUCGUACACUGGGGAGCAGGUUAACUGAGCCUUUGCAAGAUGGCUGACACUGUGAACACACUGCCUUUCUUCUAUGGCAACAUCACCAGGGAGGAGGCGGAGGACUACUUGCGGCAGGCCAAUAUGGGUAACGGCAUAUACCUGCUAAGACAAAGCCGAAACUACCUUGGAGGCUUUGCACUGUCUGUGUUGCAUUCAGGCCGCUGCUACCACUACACCAUUGAAAGAGAACCCAAUGAAAUGUAUGCUAUUGCUGGUGGGAAGAGCCACAGGACCCCCGUGGAUGUGAUUGACUACCACUCGCAGGAGAUGGACGGCCUCAUGUGUUUGCUAAAGAAGCCCUGCAACAGGCCCAAGAACAUGCAGCCGAAGAUGGGGCCAUUUGAGGACCUGAAGGAAAAACUGAUCCGGGAGUAUGUAAAGAAGACAUGGAAUCUGCAGGGAGCCGCUCUGGAGCAGGCCAUCAUCAGCCAGAGGCCUCAGCUGGAGAAGCUCAUUUCCACCACUGCACACGAACAAAUGCCCUGGUUCCAUGGAUCAAUAACACGAGAAGACUCGGAGCCCAGGCUUCAACAUGGCUCCCGCACAAAUGGAAAAUUCCUGAUCCGGCAGAGGGAUUCAAACGGAUCCUAUGCUUUGUGUUUACUCCACGAACGACAAGUCAUGCAUUAUCGCAUUGACAGGGACAGGACUGGCAAGCUCUCAAUCCCAGAUGGCAAGAAGUUUGACACCCUGUGGCAGCUGGUGGAGCACUACUCAUACAAACCAGACGGCCUGCUGCGAGUGCUAACAGAGCCGUGUUCAAGACCCGACGGAGAAACUGGGCCACCUCUCCCACGGGACCAUCCUGGGAUAACGUCUGCCUUUCAAAAUGUGGCAGGUGGAAUUCUCUACAAACUCAGAACUGUUCCCAUACCUGGUAUAAAAAAGAACCGGGGAUCUCGACACACCACAGAUAAUCUCAAUCCUUAUGAAACCAGUGUGCCCAAUAAUCAAGCAGCCAUCAAAGAGGCCAUGCCAAUGGACACGGAGGUGUAUGAGAGUCCAUACGCAGACCCGGAUGAACUGAGGAGUUCUACCGUGGAUCGCAACCACCUCUUCCUGGAGGAUGGAGAACUGGGCUCUGGGAACUUCGGUACAGUCAUAAGGGGCACCUACAAGAUGAAAAAGACAGAGAAGCAGGUUGCAGUCAAAAUCCUGAAGAAUGACGAUAACAACCAAUCGGUGCAUGAGGAAAUGCUGCGAGAAGCCAACGUCAUGCAGCAGCUGGACAACCCUUAUAUCGUCCGGAUGAUUGGGAUCUGUGAGGCAGAGAACCUCAUGCUGGUCAUGGAGCUGGCUGAGCUGGGACCACUCAACAAGUUCCUGCAGAAAAACAAACAAACCAGCAUAAAGAACAUCACUGAGCUGGUCCACCAAGUGUCCAUGGGGAUGAAGUAUCUGGAGGAGCAUAACUUCGUCCACAGGGACCUCGCUGCCAGGAACGUGCUGCUGGUCACGCAGCACUACGCCAAGAUCAGCGACUUUGGCCUCUCCAAAGCUAUCGCUGAGGAGCAGAACUACUACAAGGCUAAGGGUCAUGGGAAGUGGCCAGUGAAGUGGUACGCUCCUGAGUGUAUAAACUACUUCAAGUUCUCCUCCAAAAGCGACGUGUGGAGCUUCGGGGUGCUCAUGUGGGAAGCAUACUCAUACGGCCAGAAACCAUACAAGGGAUUGAAAGGAAAUGAUGUCAUGCAGAUGAUUGAAGGUGGGAGGCGUAUGGAGGCCCCGGGGAACUGUCCUCCAGAGAUGUAUGACCUCAUGAGGACGUGCUGGACAUACAAGGCGGAUGAAAGGCCCGGAUUUAAAGUCGUGGAGCCGAGACUACGAGACUAUUAUUACGACAUUGCACAGUGAUUCUUCCCACAGGAAUUCUGAGGUUAUGCAAAUCCGUUGGUCGAUGAGGAAAAAUUGCAUUUAAUCAUGUAUGAAUGACUUGAGAUGGGUAUGAAUUAUAAAUGCUGUUGUAAAAUAUUGACUUUAAGUGGAAGAUUACUUUGAAACUUUGAAACAUUGACCAUAAUUAUGCAAAUUACAUUUAUUUUAUUACUAUUCACUUUUUUUGUUUCUCCCUGAAUGUAAACAAUACAAAAUUUGAAAUAAAUAUACAAGUCUAGCUUAUUGUAUGAACAAA